AUGGCCACUCUGAACAUUCUCACCUUCGAUUCGGAGGGCCGCCCGAUAGAGUUCAAUGCGUGGCUAGACGACUUACAGCUGUACCUGCUGACCAACUCUAAGGACGGUAUUUCACUGUUUGACCUCACGUCUGGCGCCUCUCUCGCCCAUGCCACCACAGCUGACAGUACGACUCGCUCACAGUGGCUUACUCGUGACGCAGGUGCUCGCUUAGCCGUUUGCAACCACCUGCCGUUAGCCGAACGCGCUCUCUUCGGACAGCAUAAGACUGUGAAAGCACUGUACGACGCUGUAGUCGCUUGUUACUCCUCCCCGGCCACUGCUGCUCUAGGCUGCCUUCUCCUGUCGUACCUGUUCCCAGAGCUGUCCGACUUUGCCACAGUAGCCAACCUCGUCACUCACCUUCGUUUUAGUGACACUCGCUACCGCGCUGCACUUCCGGAUGAGUUUCUCGCCAAGAACCCUCCUCCCAUGUACAUCACUCUCUACUUCAUAGUCACCCGCCUCCAUGACUCUCUUAGCGCUGUCAGGGACCUCCUUCUCGCCCUUGACCCCACAGACCUUACUGUCGACCUGCUCGACAAGCACCUCCUUGCAGCUGAGACUAGCAUAGUCGCUGUAGGCGCUUCUCGUGGCACUCCUCGCACUCCCUUCUUUGAGGGGUGUUUGCCCUCCCCCCUUCUCCCCUCAGUCGCCUCUGCUGAAGCUGUUGACUACCUUCGUGCUGAGGAGGUAGGAGCUGCGUCUGCCCCUAGUGGGAGGGGCCGCAGCGGCAGGGGCAGGGGAGGCAGGAGCGGUGGGGCCGGCAGAGGUGGAGGCAGCAGUGGAGGUGGUAGCGGCGGUGGAGGGGGCGGUGGUGGCGGAGGGAGUGGUGGUUGGGGUGGAGGUGUAGGUGGCGGCGGCGGUGGCGGCAGUGGCGGUAGUGGCGGUAGUGGCGGCAGUGGUGGUAGUGGCGGCGGCAGUGGUGGCGGCAGUGGGAGUGGAGGUGGUGGCAGUGGUGGCGGCCGAGGGUGA